UCAGACAAGACCGGAACUACAGCUUAGGGAGGGACGUGCCUACGGUAGGGAGGGAUGCAGAAGAGUACCCGCCCUCGGACACACCAUUGGACCUUCACCAAUGUCCUCAACCAAACAUCACACCAGCACGGGACAAGAACAGAGAGAAUAUGAGGUACGAUGGAUUGAUACAAAAAUUCUUCCGGAAGAGAUGUCAUUUACUGCUUCUUCUGGUUGUCUUGGUGUUUCUGAUGACACGAGACCAUAUAGGCAAAAUUUCGAGGGAUGUUUCGUUUAAAGCUUUCCGGUAUCCAAUGGAAGUUGACAUGCCGGCCCUGGUACGGACGUACCGUUCCGGGGGUAAAGUGGAUAGGCAGCCAAUCAAUCCCUACCAAUACCACUACACUACCAACGUCACUUACUUAUGCAAUCAGAGAGACAUAUUCCUUCUAUUCCUCGUCAAAUCUUCCGUCCGCCAUUUCGGCAGAAGGGAUUCAAUCCGAUCCACCUGGGGACAGCAGCGCCCCGAGUCGUAUGAAUUUCCAACAAAAACGAUAUUUUUGGUAGGUAUGCCUAGGGAAAACGACAACCAUCGAAUGCACAAGGUAUUACAGGAGGAGAUUCUUCGUCACAACGAUGUCCUUCAAAUGACCUUCAAGGACGAUUACUAUAAUAACACACAGAAGACGGUGGGUGGGAUCCAUUGGGCCGUGAACAACUGUGGUCACGCUAAGUACGUCGUGUUCAUGGAUGACGACUUCUACGUAGCCACGCCCUUUUUGAUCGCUUAUCUCAACACUCUGUCUACCCAACAGCACAGAACACUUUUCAUGGGAAAUCUUCACGAAGACGCGCCUGAACGUAAUGAGUAUGGAAAGUGGUUUAUUUCCUAUGAGGACUACCCUUUUAAUCGCUACCCACCAUUCAUUAGUGCCGGGGCUAUGCUCAUAUCUAUGCAUUUGUUAAAGGAUAUACAAAUAGCGAUACCUUACACCAAGAACUUUCCGUUUGACGACGUCUUCCUUGCUAUCGUGGUGUUUAAACUGGGGAUCUACCCCCAGCACAACUCUAACAUCCACACUGGGGAAGAGAGAGUAGAACACAACAGUAUGCAGUUCCAUAGCGUCAUCGCAUCACAUGGGUAUUACAACGACGUGCUCCUGCAGGCAGCCUGGCGGACACAUUCGGCGUAUGUGGCCGCCCUUCGAAAGGUAUUGCAACCUCUUCGUCAACGAACAACUCCUCUGGAAAAUAUCACAGAGCAGACGACGUUUAUAUAAAUAAUGAAGCUGUUGAUAAAAAGGCCAAAAGUUAAACUCAUAUCUUUUGAUUUCAUCUUUGGCAGUUAUCAAUGAAUUGAUACAAAGAUAUAACACCGUAAGUUGGCAAAUACAUUACAGUGUAAAACUGAAUUGUCUGGCAAAAGGGGGAUAUACUCAAUUAUCAUGAUUUUGUUAAAAAAACAAGUAAUUUUUCUUUCCAAAUCAGCCCCAUUAUAGCCGCACGAUUAGUAGACAUCAUAUACCCAUGCUAUUCCAUGUAUUUAGUAAAUAUGCGAUGCUUUGCUGUAAUCGAUGUAUUUAUAAUUGCAUAAUUCACAUAGCUUCAUUUGAAGCCGUUUUAAUGAAAUGUUAUGUAUUAAUAUAUACACAAUCCCAAGUAUACAUUUAUAUAAUAUUCCAAAAUGUACGGAUUAAGUACAUCACAUGACAGAAUACUGACUUUCCAAUGGCUACACACGUGUACUAUGAGGCGAUAGUGUACCUUUGCAUUAUCAAAUUUGGCGCGAAUUUGAACAUGAAUAUAUUGUGACUAUUACUGUUGUGACUGACACAGAAGCCGAAGUUGACAGGCCCUCCGGUGAUGAAAUAUUCAGCUGAAUAAGAAAUAAUUAAAAGCGUGAUGUACUGAGAAAAAAUAUUGCCUUCUUUUGAGGUCGCUAUGGCAGUGUUAUCUGUGAUGGAAUAGUAUCCUCGCCUCCUGCUCGGUACUAUGUCAUCCUCGACAACACUAUCAGACCUCGCCUCCUGCUGGGUACUAUGUCAUCCUCGACAACGCCUCCUGCUGGGUACUAUGUCAUCCUCGACAACACUACCAGACCUCGCCUCCUGCUCGGGUACUAAGCCAUCCUCGACAACACUAUCAGACCUCGCCUCCUGCUCGUUACUAAGCCAUCCUCGACAACACUAUCAGACCUCCUCUGGCUCGGGUACUAAGCCAUCCUCGACAACACUAUCAGACCUCACCUCCUGCUUGGUACUAUGUCAUCCUCGACAACACUAUCAGACCUCGCCUCCUGCUGGGUACUAUGUCAUCCUCGACAACGCCUCCUGCUGGGUACUAUGUCAUCCUCGACAACACUAUCAGACCUCGCCGCCUGCUCGGGUACUAUGUCAUCCUCGACAACACUAUCAGACCUCGCCUCCUGCUCGGGUACUAUGCCAUCCUCGACAACACUAUCAGACCUCGCCGCCUGCUCGGGUACUAAGCCAUCCUCGACAACACUAUCAGACCUCGCCUCCUGCUCGGGUACUAAGCCAUCCUCGACAACACUAUCAGACCUCGCCUCCUGCUCGGGUACUAAGCCAUCCUCGACAACACUACCAGACCUCGCCUCCUGCUCGGGUACUAUGCCAUCCUCGACAACACUACCAGACCUCGCCUCCUGCUCGGGUACUAUGUAAUCUUCGACAACACUACCAGACCUCGCCUCCUGCUC